UGUAAAAAAUAAAUCGCUUCAAUUAUGUAAAAUAUCUCCCGCCAUUUCAGCACCUCCUACCGCCCGAUGCAUUAUCUGCCCGUCUUUCUGUGACUGUAGUGGAUUUGACUUAAAUAUUCUGACCAUUGACCUUUAAAACCACUCUCUGGAGAUAUGGCAGGAGGAAAGGCUGGGAAGGACAGUGGCAAAGCCAAGGCAAAGGCAGUGUCCCGCUCCCAGAGGGCUGGUCUGCAGUUUCCAGUAGGUCGUAUUCACAGGCACUUGAAGACACGCACCACGAGCCAUGGACGUGUUGGUGCCACAGCAGCAGUGUACAGUGCAGCCAUCCUGGAGUACCUCACUGCUGAGGUGUUGGAGUUGGCAGGUAACGCUUCAAAGGACUUGAAGGUGAAGCGUAUCACUCCAAGGCAUUUACAGUUGGCCAUUCGUGGUGAUGAAGAGUUGGAUUCUCUCAUCAAAGCCACAAUUGCUGGAGGAGGUGUCAUCCCACACAUUCACAAGUCCCUGAUUGGAAAGAAGGGCCAGCAGAAGACUGUGUAGGAAGCGAUUGUGUCGUACGUGUGUGUUUGUAUAGUUAACGGCAAUCAGCAUGAAGCGCGUUUUUUACGUUUUACCCUUUCGUCUGGUUAUUUUGUAAUCCUAGUAUUAACAUGAAUGGUAGUUAGGCUUUUGAUCUACUAAGGAGGGUUUGUGGGACGGGAGGGCGGGUCAGGGCAGGUGAGGUCUGAGGAAAAACAGACGGGUCCUUUUAAAAUGGGUGAACAAAAGCAUGGGGGUUUUUCAGUGUAAUAUGUUUAUUGGCAUGUGUUCUAAACCUGUUUUAUACAUAAAUUGUUGGACUUUUCUUAA